AUGGGCGAGUUUCUGUUCAACAUCGAUCAUGGCUAUUUGGAAGCGUUGAUUCGCGGAUUCAAGACCGGCCUGCUGGCUCAAUCAGACUAUGCAAAUUUGGUCCAGUGUGAAACUCUUGAAGGUGAUCUUAUGAAAAAUCCGUUAUAAUUUGAGUUUUUGUUUUCAGAUCUGAAGCUUCACAUCCAGUCCACUGAUUACGGAAACUUUUUGGCGAACGAACCAGGAGCAAUAACGGUGAUAGAGUAGAAAAUAUCUCGUUCUAUGUUUGUUUUUAGGUUCAAGUCAUAGAUGAGAAAUUGAAAGAAAAACUUGUCACGGAGUUCACCCAUUUACGCAACAACGCUCUAGAACCGCUGGCCACGUUUCUCGAUUAUAUUACGUUAGUUUUUUUAGAUAUUAAAAACCGACCAGUCUUUAAACCAUGAAUUAUUGCUCAGCCAAUUAAAUUAUUAAAUUAACGGCUCUUCACUGGUUAGAUGCCCAUGUCCUAAAGCGUUUAAAGGCGCAAAAAUUUAGUUGGACCCAAAAUAACCGUGAAAAAGGCUCUUUGUUUCAGUUCAAUGCACUUUUAAGCACUCUAGCAGUAAUUUUUGAACAAAAUACCGCCAGUCUCGAUAUUUGGAAAUGAAAUUAAGUUAUACCAGUGACCGUAUUUCAAAACAAAACUUUUUUUUCGAACUGAAUUAUUUCAAAACUUUCAGAUACUCGUACAUGAUUGACAACAUAAUUCUGUUGAUAACUGGAACUUUGCACCAACGUCCGAUCAGCGAGCUCAUCAACAAAUGCCAUCCUCUGGGCUCCUUCGAACAAAUGGAGGCCAUCCACAUCGCCAGUACACCGGCCGAACUCUACAACGCAGUUCUAGUCGACACGCCCCUCGGUUCUUAAUUUCCCCAUUCGAAAGGAGAACCCCUGUUUCAGCCAACUACUUUGUCGACUGCAUCAACGAGCAAGAUCUCGAUGAAAUGAACGUCGAGUUGAUCAGAAAUACUCUUUACAAGGCUUACAUCGAAGACUUCUACAAGUUCUGCAAGCAGCUCGGGGGAAAGACGGGCGAAGUCAUGUGCGACAUCUUGGCGGUUCGUUUAUUUACUGUAAAUAGCGGAAAUAGGGUUGGCUGACUAUUCUAGAAAUGGCUAUCCAUACUAGUUAUUUUGUUUCCGACAGUUUAUUUAGGGAAUUUGAGAUUCUAAAAGUAACGCAUAAAAAUAUAAUAAGAUGCUGAAACAUAUUAAGGGCGAUUUCUAAUAGUAUGUCGCAUAUUUAUGUUCAAAAAGAUUUUAAAUAUUGGAUUUUGAGUAUAGUUUUUCAGUUCGAAGCUGAUCGGCGUUCUAUCAUUAUCACUAUCAACUCUUUCGACACAGAGUUGAGCAAGGACGAUCGUGAGAAGCUGUACCCACGGUGUGGAAAACUUUAUCCCGAAGGUUUUUUUCUAUUCGUUAUCCCUUCUCAUCUUGGAUUCAGGACUGAUUGGUUUGGCUCGUGCCGACGACUACGAGCAGGUCAAGCAAGUUUGCGACUAUUACUCCGACUACAAGGUUAUUCUUUCUUUUUCCAAACGUUUGAAUGUUCUGAUUGUUCAGCCGCUCUUCGAGGGGACUGGAAAUGGCGCCGGUGAGAAAACUCUUGAAGAUAAAUUCUUCGAACAUGAAGUUGUUUCCAUUUGUCUUUUUUAUUCAUGGAACCGUUUUUAAGGUCAAAAUGAACGUUCAGUCGUAUCUCCACCAGUUCCAUUUCGGCGUUUUCUACGCUUUCAUCAAACUUAAGGUAGCCGUUGAUUUUUCUUUCAACCCAUUCGAGGGGCAAAAAAAAAGAGUCGAGUUUCACAAUACUCCAGGAUUUUGAAAGAAAAUCCAGGAAAAAAAGAAUCAAGGAAAUAUGUCUAUUUAAUUUAUUGAAGGGUUUUUUUUAUGGUGAAUUCUUUUUUUUUUGUUAAACUCGGGCUUGGGCCAGACCAGGCUUCAAAAAAAAAGUUUUGACCGAAAAAUUAGUUCUACUCUUGUUGAAUAAUAGUUUCUGUUAAACUCCGUGAAAAAAGAUAAGCAAAAACAUGACUUUUGUUGUAGAAAAAGGAUUGAUAUUCGAUUUGAAGAAAAUUUGAGCUUUUUGGGCCAUUUUUUGCUUGAGGCCCCCCUUAGGCCGGGCUGAAGUCCAACGUGUAAUUUGUUGUUUGUCGAUUUCACCAUUUUCUUUUCAUAAUUAAAAAGAGAAAGAAUGAUAUUUUUGCAGGAGCAGGAAAUGCGCAACAUAAUCUGGAUUGCCGAGUGCAUCUCGCAGCGACACCGUACGAAAAUCGAUAACUAUAUCCCUAUUAUGUAGACGGUCUGAUAUUUCUUAUUUUAUUUUUCUUUAUAACUGAAUUUAGUUGAAGAAUCCUUCUUCACAUUUCGUAGAAAAAUAAUAUAUUCAACUCAAAAAAAUAUAUUAGUUUAUUUCUUUCCCAUCCUUCACUUCGAUAACUGUAAGAAUCUAUUGUGGGUCCCAACCCAGUUCAUGAGACAGUAUCGCAACUUUAUCCAUUCCAAUCAAAUUAGUCGUUCUUCACUUUUUCUUGUCAAGGCUUCUGUGAAAUGGGGAAAAAGACGAGACUUGACGUAUCUUUCUUGUGAGAUAGGUGAAACUUUCUACUAACUCAAUACUUCUUAGUACGCUUGAAUUGUAAAGUUCUAUCGGCCCACCUGUGAAUAAAAUCUAUCGCUUCAACGGAAUCCUUCUUUGCACGUAAAUUAAAGGCAGCUGUGAUCAGCAAUAUUCAUGCGCUGAUUAUCCGAAGGCAGGUUUCUCUGCAACAAUAUUUGCUCAGCGGGACGCCGAAUUCGUUUUGCCUGUUGUAGCGGUUGUUCGCAAAUCAUCUAUCGUUUCGCCUUAUGUUAAGUACCUGAGAAAAAAAGGAAGUAAGGUUGCGAGGACGGCAACUUGCUGGAAAGAAGGCUGUUUUGGCACUCGCCCAAGACAGGUGGCGGGUUCAUUAUGCCCAGACGGCUGAAUUACACCCGCCACUCCACUUUUGCCCUUUUCCGCAGUCGUCAUCAAUUGCGGUGCUUCUUUUUUUCGGGUUUCCAUGUUUCUUUCGGUUCAUCUUAGCUCGUCUGUAUUUGAACUUUCCGCCUAAUUAUCUUUGUUCUCUUUUUCUGUCAAUUAUUUUUUUAAAAACCUUUUUAGGUUAAUAGAUAAGGCACUUUUCAAUCUCCUACUUCUACUAAUUGGACUCUUAUUAGUAUGAAGCAAGUUAAAUUUUAGGGUUUAGGAGAAGUCUGUGGCUCAUCCCUUCUAAUUCUAUAUUAUCCCUCAAUCUUGCUUAGUUUAACAAUCUGGGAAUAAUUUGCUUACAUAAAUUAUCUCUAACCAAGAUUAGUUCCUUCCGGGAAAUAGAAGAUAUUUCUAAAAAUGAAAACGUCUGAUUUUCAUUUCUUAUAUUUUUUUUUGGAGUUUCCAAGGAAACCAUUUUCAAAACGGAAAACCGUAAAAAUGUUAUGUUUUUGGUUGUGACGGCGAAUGUUUUUGCUGUGAUUCUUCCCUUUUAUCUCCAAAAACACUGUAUUGAAACUGAUUACACGGGCCAGCAGAACAAGUUGUUGGAUAAAGGAUAAAAAGCUCGAAAUUUGAGUUUUUACCUUGUUCAGCUAGUUUAUGCUUCCUAUAAUUUUCUGGUUCUUUGGCUGCGGAACUGAAUAAGUCACGAUUUCUUCGCGGAUCUUGUCAUUCUACCAUAUUUUUACAGUGACAGUGUGCGCGUAUCACUUUCAGUGAAAAGCAAAAUGAUUUUUCAAUUUUUUUUCAAGUUGACCUUGAGAAGUAUAAGUAGAACCAAUGCUCCCUUGGUAGGUGCGAAAAGCUUUAACUAUUUUUCGCAGGUUUUUUUCCGAUCUUCUCUGUAAUUUGACUUUUUAUUCGUUUUAAGGCCUUUCAUGUUUCAAUAUUUUCCUUUCAUAAAUUUUUAAUUUCAAAAAGGUGUGCUUCCAACAAACGCUUCGAAAGAAAAGGCUAGAAGCUUUUCCAGUUCUUAAGGUCUCGGUCUGCAAGAGAGAUCGUCUACCUUCAAGUAUCGUCUGCUGAACGAUUAGUUCUGAAAAGUAGAACAUAAAAAAUGUCUCAUUGAGACAAUAAGAUGAAGAAGCGUUUGAGAGACGUGUUUCUGCGACGGACAGAAUGCCGGGCAAACAGCCGGAUGAACACACGGAGACGCGUACGAGUUGUUUGGCUUCUGCGUGUUUCUGCCGUCGCUGUACCGACCUGCUCUUUGUCUUCUCCGUCUUUCGAGGCCUCGUUUAUGCCGUCGUGA